AUGCUAACAUAUGAGUCUUUGAUAGUAACAGUGCCGCACAUACUUGUAACUAGUACAACUUUUCGUUUCCCAACUGACUGUACAUCUCUCUCUCCAGUUGUUCAGGACUCUCUAUUAAAAUGUAUACAUUCCUCAUUCCCAUUGUCGUUUUAUUCCCACGCUACAACACUAACUGGUUUGCCUUUUGCUACUACAACCUUUUUGGCUUUUGUUCUAAGGUGGCUCGGAUAUAUCCAAACCUCUCAUCUACCUCGCUCAGAGCUUUUGAAGUUUGUCAUCUUUGCUAAAUUCUCAAUUGUUGGAAUGAAUGUCAGUCUAAUGUGGAAUUCAGUGGGAUUUUAUCAGAUUGCAAAGCUGCGUAUGAUUCCUGUGUCCUGCCUUUUGGAAGUGUUGGAUAAGAUUCGGUACUCAUGAGACACAAAACUGAGUAUAGCAGUUGCUCUCUUGGGUGUUGCUGUUUGCACUGUCACCGAUGUAAGUGUUAAUACCAGAGGCUUCAUUGCUGCUUUUGCAGUUUGGAGCACUUCUAUGCAACAGUAUUAUGUGCAUCACCUUCAAAGGAAGUAUUCACUUAGUUCUUUCAAUCUACUUGGUCAUACUGCUGCAGCCCAGGCUGCCACACUGCUGUUUGUAGGUCCCUUCUUGGAUUACUGGCUGACAAACAAAAGAAUCUAUGCAUAUGAGUAUAGUGCAGCUUCUGUGUUGGGACCAACCUCAGCCAGUUCAUCUGCAUUGGCAGAUUCACCGCCGUGUCGUUUCAAGUACUUGGUCAUAUGAAGACAAUCCUUGUGUUGAUACUAGGUCUCUUCUUCUUUGGUAGAGAAGGCUUCACUCUGCACGUA